AUGCCUACAAUUACUAUGGCUGGCGCUCUCCUAGUACUCAGUCGAGAUCUGUGGCUAGACUAUUUCCAUACCAAAUGGUCGGACUGGAAAGUCAACAGGACUGUUGAUGCUGUUCUUGCUGAACGCAGCCUUGACCCAUACUCUGUUAUGAAGCGUUUGAAAGUUGCCAAUUUGCCAGAUCUUGCCGCCUCCCAGGUUGCUCUGGCGUACCCUAGCUUGGCCAAUGCACUUUUUGGCCCUGAUUCUUUUACGGAGGAUGGCAUUGCUGUUAAAGAGCCAGUGCGGCGCUUCCUUGACACCCUAGCAGCGCACCUUUGGGCAAAGUAUAGGAAGUCUAUUGGACGAGAAAGGGGAAGACUUGGGAAGUUGAGAAACAAAAUUGAUGAGAGGUGGCAAGAAUUCUCGUCUCUUGCAGAGCAAAAUAAAUCACUACUAGAUGCUGAAUCCAUUAGGACCUGGCUAAAGGACGUGGAUAGCCUUACGAAAAUUCUUACUCGAUAUGGAGAUCAGGAGUCACUGAAGCAGCUUUCCAACCAGCAAGAAAUGCUCAAGGAUCUUCUUCAAGGCUUAGGGAUAGAAGUGAUAGGGGGAAGCCCAUGCCGUCUACCUAAGCCUCUCCGUCAAGCGCUUUCAUUCCUGGCAACUGAGCAAGACAUAACUCUGCUUGCUGCCUCCAUCCAGGAUCAGUUGAAACAUUGUGAUCCUGAUGCUAUGCCCGCUGAUUCAAUACCUGAAUUGAUCCUGAUGCUGCCCACGACUGCUCCUUUCAAUGGUCUGAAGAUACCGUUCUUUAAUCUUUUACAAGACCCCUAUGGCAACUGCGACCCUUGGACUGAGAGCGGUCAAACCUGGUUGAAAGAUCCAAAGAAUGGCGAACCACUUGCUCUCCGUUGGCACCAGCUUGUAGGCCUGAUUAAGAUGGUCAAGAAUGCAUUUUCCGGAAGUCCGGUUCUACUUAUGGACGAAGUGGGACUAGGGAAAACAAUUCAAGUUACGGCUUUAAUUGCCUUACUGGCAUUCUACCGGGAAUUCUAUGCCGUCCAUAACUGCUUUCCAGGCAAAAUAGUGAGGAGUACCUCAGCUAAUAUUCCAAAUCUUCCCAUCAUACUUGUUAUUCCUGCAAACCUUGUGCCUCAGUUUACCUCGGAGUUGCACCGAUUUCUUCAAUAUGGAGCCUUCGACGUCCUACCAUAUCUAGCUACUUGGCGAAGCAGGCAAUCCUGGUGGAAAGAUAUAUGGAGUAGAUCAAUGCAGCCAGAAGGGCGGCGCAUCAUCAUCACAACUCCCAAGGCUUUAGAAUCUGAUUGCGAACGCAUUUUUGAGCCAAGCACACUUAGCCCAACAACAAGUCCUCGACAGAAAGUUAACUAUACUAUGGAUGCCCCUACCACAGCUUAUGGACGAGAUUUCCUGUUGGGUUUGGUUGACGAGGCGCAUAACUACAGGAAUGUCAGAAAGGGUUAUUGGGCAAUAUUUUGCCUUCGUGAAAGAUGUCGUGCAAUAGUUGCCAUGACUGCCACGCCUAUUACAUCUAGACCUCUUGACAUCUGGAACAUUGGGCGGUGCCUAGGUCUAGAGCAAUUUGGCAGCUCUUAUGAUGAUGAGGCCCUGAAAAUGGAGCGCCAACUCCGCACUGCUGCUGCCAAGGACCAUAAUCAUGGGACGGUAAUGGGGAAUGCUGAUAUUGAGGUUCCCAGUCUGUACCGAAGUCAGAUGCUGGCUUGGAUUGACGUCAUCCGCAAGCGAUUUAUAGGCAUUGUCAUACGGCGCACUAUUUGGUCUGUUGACUAUCAGGGAGCAAGAAUCUCAGGCUUGGCUCCAUUUGAGGAGCAUAAUCUCCUUGUGAAGCUGUAUAGCCAUGAGGUGGAGAAUCUCGAGCUCAUUGCUAAGGAUUUAGUUGAGGAAGGUGGCGCUCGAGCUGCAAAGUUUGCUUCUGGCUCUGAUUUCUACAUGCGUGUUCGCAGGGCUUUGUUGCAUCCAAGCUGCAACCCUGGAUACAUAUGGACCAAUCCUUCAAAUUUGGAUGAGUGGGCAAAGGAUGCCUCUCGCAAACUGGACGUCCUUGCACAAGUAAUUCGUUACCACCAUGAGAAAGACAACCGUCCACCUCUGCGCAUCGCAGAUGAUAAACUGGUAGCAUCAUCUGCAAAUCCUGAUGUUGUUGAGGGCAUUGUAGAUCUCACGCCCUGUGACAAGAUUCUUGUCUACUGCGCAUUCCCUUCUAGUUACACACAAGUGAUGAAGGUCCUGGCGCUCUAUGGUAUCCAGACUUUACAGAUCUAUGGCAAACUAUCGAUGUCUACUAGGACUGAUAUCAUUGCAGAAUUCAAAAAUAGUGGGAGAGAUGGCGCUCGUGUCUUAAUCAUCUCUAAUGUUGGGCUGACUGGUCUCAAUCUACCUUGCGCUAACAUAUUGAUAAUUGUGGACUCCCUAUGGUCUGCCACUGAUGAAGGGCAACUGAUUGGACGGAUCUACCGCCCACCUCAACAAAAAACUGUUCACAUUUACCGAAUUGUGGCUGCUGAUACUCAGGACGUCUUUCUGAAUAACAUGGCCUUCAGUAAAGCAGCCAUCCUUGAAGCUUUUACAGGCGCCACCCCAAGGUCUUUAUUCAAUGGCGAGGAGGAAGCUGAUGGGACUGAUGAACUUUCAGACAUUGAAGAUGUCCCUGUGAAGAAGGCGAAGGCGGAUGCAAAGUCUCCAACAGCUAUGCCCCCAAAAAAGAGAAGAGGAAAGGCACAAGGUCAUAAGGCAGUAGGCGUACCUUCUGCCAACAAAGAUGCUGUCUUUCAGAAGAUCGUAGUUCCUGGCCUUCCAACGGUUGAGAAGCCUGCUCCCAGCUUGAUUACAGAUGGCAAGAGUAGGGAUGUGGGAGCGGAAGCUCAGGUCUCCAUAAUCGUCUUGGAGGAGGACUCUUUACGCAAACCAGAGUCUCUGCCAGCUCCCAGCUUGAUUACUGAUAGCAACAAAUCCAAAGCCCUAGUCAUUACUGCUGACGGUAGAUCCAAAGAAGAAUUUAGGCCAGCUACCUCUGGAGGUCCUACUGAAGUUGAUUCAUCCACUACCUCUGGAGGAUCUACCGAAGUCAAUUCAGCCACUACCUCUGGAGGUCCUACCGAAGUUGAUUCUUCCACUACCUCUGGAUGUUCUAACAAAGUCAAUUCAGCCACUACCUCAGGAGGUUCUACCGAAGCCAAUUCAUUCCAAGGGCACCCAAGCUCCCCCAUCAUUCUGCCUGUCAAGCGACCAGCUGAAACUUGUUAUGAUGAUCUAGAGCCAAAAGCUCAAAAAUCCAAAACAGGAGACCAUGCGUCUACUCUUCUAUCUGAGAUGGAGCAGGCAGGAGUAGCAGUGGACCAGUUUGUCACUUUCCUUAAAUUCUUCCAGAAUUCAUCCUCCCAGAAUCCAGACCACCCAUUAGCAAUGUUUGUUCCAGGGUUGGGCCUUGCCAGCGGCCUCUCUACUCCCCCUCCAUUAAACCCUAGUACUAGUAGCAAAAAAAUCAAUCUGGGAGCACCUCUAGGGCCUGGGAGCUAUCACAAAUUGGGCGCAACUCAAUCAACAAAUGAGCAAAUGCUCUUGCUUAUCUAG